AUGGCUGCAGCCGCCCCCGGCGGCAUCAACGCUCACGCCCAGUCGAGCUUUGCGAAGGCGGCGGCAUAUGACCAACAUCGUCCGGCGUAUUCAGCGACUAUUGUGCAGUUUCUACUGGAAAAGUUGAACGUCGCAGGCAAACAUGUAUGGCUACAGGCACUACGCUCACCCCCUGGCGUCUACGUGAAGCAGCCCCUCUGGCCAGGAAAGCUAACGCCAACAUCCAGGGCGCCAAGAUCGUCGACCUCGCCGCAGGCAGCGGCAAAUUCACAGAAGCGCUCGCAGCUCGACCAGAGGAAUACCAGAUCAUCGCUGUUGAUCCUCACGAUGGCAUGCGAGGCGUCCUCACCGCCAAAAACCUCCCGCGAGUCAGGAUCGUAGAUGGCUCGGGAGACAAGAUGCCAGACAUUCAAGACUCCAGCGUAGACGCCAUCAUCGUGGCACAGGUAGGUCUCACUCCUCACAUCUCUCCUACACCCUCCCCUCUUCCUCUUCCUCUCCGUCAAGUAGUCCACCGCGAGCUGAGACUCGCGCCCAGGGCUUCCAUUGGUUCGCCGACAUGCGCGCUCUCAAGGAAAUCCACCGCAUUCUCAAGCGCCAUUCCGCUCUCGGAUUGACUUGGAACGCAGAGGAUUACAACUCCCCUCAUGACCACAAGGCUUCUACUGCUUGGGAACAGAAAUUGCAAGACCUCACUUUCCGCAUUGCAAAGGAAUCCGGGGACCAUGAACCUCGUUUUCGCAAUGCCGAGUGGCGCAAGGUGUUUGAUGAGCAGGUGAAAAUGACGCCUAUCUCUUUGCUGACUGCGAGUGAGGAUCAGGUGUUUUCGUUACCGAUUGGAGAGCAUCGGGAGGUGUUUGAGGUUGCGCUGUCGAGAGAGACACUCUGGGAGAGGUAUCGCACUCUGGGGCAUGUUGCUGUUCUUGAGGGCGAACGAAGAGAGGGGGUGUUCAAGGAUUUCUCGGAGAUCGUAGCAGAGGCGGAGACGAAUGAGAAGGGGGAACUGGUCGUCCAUGGGAAUACGUAUGCUUUCUGGACGACGAAGAUUCCGGCCGAAGGGCGGACGGCAGAAGAGGCUAUUGAUGAUGAUGAGAGGGCUGAGGCCUCAUGA